AAUGGCGUCGUGUGUUGUUGAGGUGUCACAGGACACAUCGAAUCGAAAUACAUAAUUCAUCAGAGAUCUUAGUCUUAUAUAAUACGAAAACUGUUAAAAAACUAAUAACGAAUUCACGAUGGAUGUUGACAAUGAUUUAGAUGGAAAACUGUUACAGCAGUUCAGUUCUAUGGGCACAACAGAUCGGGAUGUGCUGAUCGCAGAGUUCCAGAAAUUGCUUGGCAAUCAACUGAAUCCGAAUAGCUGUGCAUUCUUCCUGGACAUGAACAAUUGGAACCUUCAGGCAGCUAUAGGAUCAUAUUAUGACUUUGAACAGCCACCGAUAACCUUACCAUCAAUGGCAUUUGUAAAAGAUGUAACCAUUGGAGAUGGCGAAGCUAUUCCACCAAAUACUAAAUUUAUCAAAACUUGGCGAGUUAAAAAUGGAGGUUCGGACACAUGGCCACCUGGUUGUAGUUUAAGAUUUAGUGGUGGUGAUAAUAUGAGUGUAACAGAUAGAGUACUAGUAGAUAUAUUACAACCACAUCAAGAAACUAAUAUCAGUAUUGAAAUGACGAGCCCUUCAUCAAGUGGUGUUUAUCAAGGACAAUGGCGAAUGAGUACACCUACUGGACACUUUUUCGGAGAAAUAAUCUGGGUGAUAAUUAAUGUUGAAGAAGGUGGAAUCCUCGCUGUCACACAACAGAUGUCAAGAGUUGGAGAAGAUUUUGUAGAGACGGGACGACUAGCCACAUCCCCAAACCCUUUUGCUACACCUGAAAAAUCAUCUGAAGAUUUACACAAUGUUUCCAUUAUUGGACAAACAAGUCUACCUUCCAGUCCGUCAAACUCUAAUGAUGCAGCUAGAUGGCUUAUAUUCGCAAAUAGUUAUGAAGCUUCACAUCAGUCUGAACAUUCCCAAGAUACAGAGAUGUCCUAGCAGUAGUUAAUACACCUUACUUGUUUGUUUUUUUAUUUGUUAUGAUGAUGAUGUGGUUUUUAAUUUGUAAACCAGAUACUUCUCACUACUGGUACUAAUCCCGGGCCCAGAUCUAUUACACCCCUACUUCUCACUACUGGUACUAAUCCCGGGCCCAGAUCUAAUACACCCCUACUUCUCACUACUGGUACUAAUCCCGGGCCAAAUUCUCACUACUGGUACUAAUCCCGGGCCCAGAUCUAAUACACCCCUACUUCUCACUACUGGUACUAAUCCCGGGCCCAGAUCUAACACACCCCUACUUCUCACUACUGGUACUAAUCCUGGGCCAAAUUCUCACUACUGGUACUAAUCCCGGGCCCAGAUCUAAUACACCCCUACUUCUCACUACUGGUACUAAUCCCGGGCCAAAUUCUCACUACUGGUACUAAUCCCGGUCCAAUCCUCAGAUAGAUACACCCCUACAUGUAUGAUAGAAUACAUGGUUUCAAUCAGAUUAAAAACAGGCCCAUCAAUUUGGUUCACAGCAAAUAAAGAUAAUGGCUUUCUUGUUAAAUAGGGAGCAGCACGCAUGUAGAUCGAUGGGAAUUUCAAUUAUUUCAUAUUUUUUUAAAUACUGAACAGAACUGAACCAGUUUUGGACUGAUAUUCCUAUUAGAGAUUCUUCAACUUCCACAACAUUGUAGUUCACGAGGGAUUCUGUAGCCCUAAAAUCCCACUCGGGGUCUUUAAAUCUGUUUUGGACUGACACUCCAAUUAGAGAUUCUUCAACUUUCACAAUAUUGUAGUUUGCAAGGGUUUUGGAGGAAUUUGCUUUACUGGUUACCAUGGGAAUUACCGGUAGCCUUAUUUUGGCUAUUGGGAAAAUUUCAUGUUGAUGGAACUAUUUAGAAAUGAGUUAUUUUAAAAUUCAUAUUGUCGAGCAGUGUCUUUCUUCACGUCAACAUACAGUCGACUUUAGUACCAGUGUUGAGAAGUGUGGUGGUUUAUAAUGAAGGAUGAAUUUACACAUUGUUUAUUUAAAAAAAAAUAAAUACAUUAUUGACUGUUGAUUAUACCAUUACCUCCUUAUCUGGUUUCUGUAAAUAUUCAUCAUUAUUUCAUAGUUAUAUCCCGCGAAAUCUAUUUGUUAAGGCCAGCUCAAUUUUAGUCAAGGUUGCUGAGAUGUAAAUAAUGUUAGGGUACCUGAUAUUGGGCAAGAUUGUAAGUAAGGAUAAGCAUUGGAGUUAGGGUUAUGGUUAGGAUUAGUGCUAGCCCUGUUUACAUCUCGUGCCCUACGACGAAAAAUUGAGCUGGCCUUAUCAUUUAGCACUAACCAGUUAUAUCGAUCAUCUGAAAAUUUUAUUCAUCUUAGGCUGUAAAAUAUAUCUUGUGUAAAAACUAGUAGGUACAUUUUAAGAUAUAAAAUUAUUGGUUGUACAAUAGUUAGUUACAUUGUCCUAUUAUUAGUGCAUGGAUUCUCUAAAUCAGCCCAGAUAGGCCUAACUUGUAUUGAUAGGCCUAACUUGUAUCAAUAGGCUUAACUUAUUUUGAUAGGCCUAACUUGUAUUGAUAGGUCUAACUUGUUUGGAUAGGCCUAACUUAUAUUGAUGGGUCUAACCUGUAUUGAUAGGCUUAACUUGUAUUGAUAGGCUUAACUUAUUUCGAUAUGCCUAACUUGUAUUGAUAGACCUAACUUACGUGUAUUGAUAGGCGUAACUCGUAUUGAUAGGCCUUUGUAAACAAAUCGAUUUAAGAUUGUCAACUUGCCUUGUUUUUACUUGUGUUAUAACAAUAUGGCAACCUACAGUUAUUGCUCAUAAACUAGAUAGUUGUAUUUUAUAAUUUUAUCGGUGGUUUUAACCCGUUAACUGCGUAGGGUGUUAUACAACGCCCUGGAGGUAUUUCCCCCAACCUAUUCUUCGAACAUGAUCGCAGCAUGACUGUAGGACGUUAUAUUACGCCUGGUCGAGGAAAUCUAAUUGAAGGGAAACAACUAUAAUUACCGUUAGUUUUAAUAUGGUUUAAGACUACUAAAAUUUGUAUUCAGGAAUGAAAAGGUCCAAAAAAUGACGUUUUUCGUCAAAUUAAUUACACAAUAGGGGGUAGUUAACAUUUUAAAAACUACGCAGUUAAGGGGUUAAACAAUAGUAGCAUGUCCAAACUAGACAUCACCUCGGGGUCAUGGCUUCUUUUACUGUGUUAAAAGACAUCAGCACUUGAUGAUAGCACUGCGUCACAGUACAUUAACACCUAAGCCUAACCUGUGUGGGAGGUUGCAUGGCUGAAUGGUUAGCGCGUGCGUGUUUCAUCAUAAGGUCUGUCGUUGAGUCACCUGGCAUGAUUUCGAUUCCCCGGUUGUAUGUGACAAGGAGUAGGGUCGCCUGUUCAACCUCGUGGGUUUUCUCUGGGUCCUCCGGUUUCCUCUCACUGCUGAAGAUCCCCUACACGCAAGCGAAUUAUUGAAAUGAUCUAGUUUGUGUGGAGUGGACUCUGACAGGGAUGUUUUGAUAUAUUGUGAGGACUGAUGUUAGAAUUAUCAGUCAGCAGUAUGUACUAUGACGCGGUAUCAUUGAGUAAUGACCAUUAAAAGUUGUCUUUCCUUGUCCUCAGUGUAGAACAGUUCAAUGAAAUAAAAUGAGAUUUAUCGUCCUACCGACUAGCCAUUCAUUAUACAAUCUGAUUAAAGUACAGAUCUAUAUUCUGUUUCGUUUUUUUAUACUUUCAAUGGCCUACACUACAUGAAGAUCUGACAAGUGUUAGUGGGAGUUCACGUCAGGGGUCAAACAAAUGGCUUUUGACCUUAUGACGUCAGAGAUUGAUUAAUCAAUCGGCGUUGACGUUUCUAGUGGUUUACCCACAGUUCCGUGCCUCAAAAGGCCAAGAACUUGCCGUAACAGACCGUUUCAUUGGCUAAUCUCCCACAUCAUCCAGAACACGUCAAUGAUAACAACUCUUCCAGAUCCUAGUGUAGUGAAGACAAGUAAAACGAUAUUUUGAACUAUAAAAACGAAACAAAAUAGGAUCUGUGUUAUAAUCAGAUUGUUGAUUUAUAUAAUAACCUGGUUAAAGUAAAUUUAGGUGUCAAGUAUGAGUAUGAAGAUGAGAAUUACUGAAUGAUUAUUUAUUUGAUUUUUAUUAUAUAUCUAUUGAGAGAUUGCCUGUUUUAGUAAUUGAAUUGGAACAACAGUGUAGAGAGACAGGGUAUUGUGGUAAUUGUAUCACAUUUGUGUUGCACAACUGUAUUUUUCUCUUAGUCAAAUAACAAAAACAACUCAUAGAUAUAUUACUU